AUGGCGACGCACCGAGAGGCCAAUUUCCCCUCUACUCCGUACGUGGACCCCUCGCCUUCCCCCUCAUCAAUCCCCCACGUAGACGAGGUAGGCGCCACUUCUGCUCCCUUGAAGUCGGCCAGCUUUUUCCUCGGCUCAUACUGUCAAAAGUACAACGAGGACUUUAUGCUUUGCAAGAGCGAGAACAGGGACCCAGAGCAUUGCCUCAAGGAAGGGAGGAGGGUGACGCGAUGCGCUCAGGACCUCAUCCGUAAACUCAACCAAAACUGCGCCAAGGAGUGGGAAGCCCAUUGGCAAUGCCUCGAGCGUCAGAAUCACGAGCUUCACUUGUGCCGCAAGCCCGAGAGGACGUUCAACCAAUGCGUCUUUGACAAGCUGCAGCUGAAGAAGGAGAUUCCGGGGACACCAGAAGGCAAAGAGCAGAUUCACGAAAAGAAGAAUCCGAUUUGGAAGGGGAUGCAGCGUUGAGUGGGCCAAGGAGUGCAAUUGGGCGGAGGUGACGAAGGAACAGUGGUAGAUGAGGGGAGGAGGCAAGCUGGUAGCGAUCUCUGCCUUCCCUGGCAAGGCCUUGUAUCAUGUGUACGGCCUCCCUCUGACGAUAUCAACAGCAUACAACCAAGAGAUGCUCUCUCACGUGGUGGU